GGAAACGGUCGAGUUUUUUCUUCGCGCGGCUGAGAAACCAGGCUGUGGCGUGACGUUACCUUGAUCGACAAGGUGACGAAUCUUUCUUGAUGAGUACGACGACGUCGACAAGGAGCACGGUCGGUAGCCACGCGGUUGACGCUCUCACCGCCGGUACCAGCAUCUCCGAAGGGGCUGACACCUAGCACGAGGAGCGUCUGCUGCGGAGCUAGCGGAGAAGGAACGAUCCCGGAGGGACCAUCCUCCCUUCUGUCGUGAUAUAGUGCUGUUAUUGUUGUUGUUAUUGUUAUUGAUACCCGAUGAUACACAUGGCCCGGUGUCGCGAGUACUGAUUUCACGCGCUCUUGCUUUCAUUAACGAAUCAAACGAAGAGCCAGUUUUACUUAGUCGUCCUUCCGGUUUUAUCGUCCUGUCGUGUUUUACGAUCCAAGUCGGAAGGAACGUGCGUGUCGGACGGCGCUUCGACCCUCGUUCGUGAUCGGCCAAGCAAUUUCACGAUUUUAUGGAUUUCAUUUGGCCGGGCUGAUCGUCUACGCGAGAUCGGCGACACGUGGAUUCGAAUUCAAUCGUUCCUAGCUCACGUGGUCGUCGUCGUCGUCGGACCGACUGCCGGCGACGCUCUGAUAGUGGCGCUUUUGCGAUACUCACGGAUGUUCCUCACGUUGCGAAACGAGUUGCUCGUGAUCAGUUUGAAAGUUGCCGGUUACCUGUGUGUUUGUUGAAUUUUUAUUGAUGUUCCAUACCGACGUUGUAACGUCGUGCGUGAUCGGUGAGUGGCCGGCCCAGUGACAAAAGGGAGAAGAAAGAAACGAGACACUCUCUGUCGAACGAUUCUUCCGUCCGACUGUCGAGGAUCGAAACGCGUGUGUGUCACUUUCAUGUCGCGAAUAGAAGGAGAGGGAUGACGGUGCAUCGUCGUUGUACUGACACUGUCGAAGAGGACGAAGAGGACUUGUGAAUUGCGUAAACGACGAUCAUCAGUGCUAGAGCGAGACACUAGUACCGCGUCGUUGUUUACGAGAUUCUUCGUAGGAUUUUUCGGAUCCGCAAGCACGCGGAAUCAAGCAGGCAGCGUGGAGCGCUCGGCGAUCGUGUGGCCGCGUGCCGCGGACCUCUACCUUUAUCAACCAGGCUGUGCAUUUCUCACCUACUACAGUCGUGACAGCGCAAUCAGUGCCCAGAACGCUCUGCAUGAGAAGCGGACUUUACCAGGGGGUGUGACAGGCGACCGGCUGGCCGGGGGCGCCGCACACCUCCUUCAUCUCUUCUUCUUCUUGCCACGACCACAACACACAAUGUAACAACAACUACCACAACUAGAGUCGUCCGCGUGAACCACGUUCUCAAUGUACUCGAUGUGAUGAACCGUCCUAUUCAAGUCAAGCCGGCGGACAGUGAAAACCGCGGAGGUUUACACACAUUGGAUGUAGCGGCAGGCAUAAAGAUAAAACACAAAUACAGCGAUAAAACCGGCUCUUGUAUUCGUGACUACAUUUUCCUUAACGACAGAAAGCUGUUCGUGGGAAUGCUCAGCAAGCAACAAACAGAAGACGAUGUCAGACAGUUGUUCACUGCCUUUGGUACAAUAGAGGAGUGUACCAUCCUCCGAGGACCCGACGGCAGUAGCAGAGGCUGUGCAUUCGUGAAACUUUCAUCACAUCAAGAAGCGCUAGCGGCGAUCAAUACCUUACACGGUAGCCAAACUAUGCCGGGUGCGUCAUCCAGCUUAGUGGUGAAGUUCGCAGAUACUGAGAAAGAGAGACAACUAAGACGCAUGCAGCAAAUGGCCGGGAAUAUGAGCCUCCUUAACCCUUUCGUCUUCAAUCAGUUCGGUGCUUACGGCGCUUAUGCUCAGCAGCAAGCAGCUCUCAUGGCCGCCGCGACCGCACAAGGGACGUACAUCAAUCCAAUGGCGGCACUGGCACACGUUAGUGCUGGGCAACUGCCGCACGCGUUAAACGGCAUGCCAAACCCCGUCGUUCCGCCAACUUCCGGUUUGCUCGUAGGUACCGGUACAGGGCAACCGGUUAACGGGGCGAUACCGUCGUUACCAUCGCCAACGAUGCCCAAUUUCAACAUGGCUGCACAAACACCGAAUGGUCAACCAGCAGGUUCGGAUCCUGGUGUCUAUACCAACGGGAUACCGCAGACCUACCCGGGACAUGCCCUCCAUCUGUCCAUUCCAGCACAAGGGCUGCCCAAUGGGGAGGCGGCACUCCAGCAUGCCGCCGCGUAUCCUGGAAUGCAACCCUACCCCGGUGUCGCUUAUCCCGCCGUCUACGGCCAGUUUCCUCAAGCUAUUCCUCAGCCGAUGACCGCCGUGGCACCCACGCAGAGGGAAGGAUGCUCUAUCUCAGGACCCGAAGGCUGCAACCUGUUCAUCUACCACCUGCCUCAGGAGUUUGGAGACGGUGAGCUCAUGCAGAUGUUCAUCCCCUUUGGCAACGUCAUAUCCUCCAAGGUUUUCAUCGAUCGGGCCACCAACCAGAGUAAAUGCUUCGGUUUCGUGUCGUUCGACAAUCCAGCGAGCGCGCAGACAGCAAUUCAAGCGAUGAAUGGCUUCCAGAUAGGGAUGAAGCGUCUAAAAGUCCAGUUAAAAAGGCCCAAGGACGCAAGCCGGCCAUACUAACCAAAGUCCUAGCUUAGAGAAACUGGACGAUACGCACCCUACAUCACAACCCACAGAAUGUCGUACAAGAACACGGGCUUAUUGAACGCUCGACGAUCAGAAGUGAUGAGUUUGAAUCACCGUUACAACGCUCUCCACUAUAAUAAUCUAGUAUACUAGUUAGAUAAUUAAUUAGAGUAUAAAAAUUAGAAGUCAGUAGAUUGACUUCGCCGACAGCCACGCGGCGAGGACGAAGAGGCUGAUGCUAAUGAAAUAUUGGAUGUCCAGCGCUGAACCCAGUUUCCGAGAAACCAAAACGCGAGUAGGAUUCACGCUUCAGACGAUUUCUCGGAUGCCCGGACGCGACAAAUUCCUUACUAAGAACGAAGAACACAUUGAUCUUUAUCAUCCUGCACUUUCUAUUUUCCUACGUCUUGUUCUAUUUUACACGUUUUUCCGUUCCACACUCUCGAUCCCUACUGCCAAACGAAAAAUUCGUGUCGGAGACAACAACAUGCAAUUCGAUACGUCUCUUUCAAGAAGAGAACACCUUAGUACGGAUUUUGAAAGUCCGGCCAUCCGGGGAUUAGAUAUUGGGAGCCUAGAGCCUCUCGAUCAGGUUAUCGUUCCGACAAACACACUCCUAAAAUAGUUUGAUAAUCACGAUGAACGUUCAAGACGGGUGACUUUCCAACAGUUAACCAAAGAACUCUUAGUUCCUGACGAAACGGCAUGGCGAUUGAUAGCCGACCGACU